AUGUUGAUACUGAUAGAAACGGCAGCAGGGUACGGCUUGUUCAAAGUCGAGAACAGCAAAUUAAUCGAAUCAGACGUGAAGGAUAUUGAGAAAUGUUUUCGAAGCGCAGAGGAAGCGAGGAAAAAUGUAUCCCUAUACAGUUUCAGUAAAUUUAAAAAAUUCCAAAAGGCCUUUGACGAAACGAACAAGUUAAUGGAAUCCAAGUUGGGAAAAGGGCUAAAGAAGUUUUUAAAAAAAAAUAUAGUGAAGCCAAAGCUAAAUGAAACACUAGCCUUAUGUGAUAAAACGUUAGGUGGAUUAAUAAAAAAAAAAUAUAAUAUAAAUGUAACGUACACGAAUUCGACGCAGGAAAUAAUUAGAGGAAUUCGAACGCAUUUGUAUGGAUUACUAGUAGGUGUGAAGGAGGAAGACGCGAAAUUGUUAAAGUUAAGUUUAUCUCAUUCGUUAAAUAGGUUUAAAUUAAAGUUUAGUGCUGACAAAGUUGACGUAAUGAUUAUACAGGCUGUUGGAUUGUUAGAAGAUUUAGAUAAAGAAAUAAAUGUUUUCUCUAUGCGACUGAAGGAAUGGUAUGGAUGGCAUUUUCCAGAAUUGGGAAAAGUAAUCACGGACAAUAAAAUAUAUGCGAAGUGUGUUAAAUUGAUUGGGUUCCGAAGUAAUGCAAAAAAUGUAAACUUGCUGGAAGAGACAACGGAAGAAAUUCAGAGGGAAAUAAAACAAUUGGCAGAAAUAUCCAUGGGAACAGAAAUUGAAGAUGAUGAUCUGAAUUGCAUUAACGAAUUAGCGGACAGGUUAUUGGAGUUAACAGAAUAUAGAGAGUCCUUAGCUAUUUAUUUGAAAUACAGAAUGAGUUCCAUUGCACCGAAUUUGACUUACCUAGUGGGUGAUUUAGUGGGAGCCAAGUUAAUUGCAAAAGCAGGUUCCCUCAUGUCUUUGGCGAAGUACCCAAGUUCAACUUUACAAAUAUUAGGUUCUGAAAAAGCUCUUUUUAGGGCCCUAAAAACUAAAUCCAAAACGCCCAAAUAUGGGCUCAUUUACCACGCAACUUUAGUAGGGCAAACUACACCCAAACUGAAGGGCAAAAUUAGCAGAUCAUUAGCGGCGAAAUUGUCUUUGUGUACAAGAGUUGACGCCCUGGGAAAUUUUUCAGAGCCAUCUAUUGCCAUUACAUGCAAAACGCUCCUGGAGAAGAGGCUGGAAUAUAUAACAAACAGCAUGCAGAAGAAGAUGAACAAUUCGAAGAAUUCCAAUUCUCAGUUACAAAUGCAGGUCCAGCACAGCAAGUAUAAUCCCAAUCAAUCCAAUGAUGAUCAGAAUAAAAACAACAACAAUAACAACGCGUUCAACAAGAAGAAGGAUUUCCGGUUUAAUAAGCGAGAGGCGGACUGGAACAACAAGAAAUUUAUUAAGAAGCAGAAGAGGAAGUGA